ACUUCAACAGGAGACAGCAGUCGAUCAGUCCUUUUUUUUCAAUUGACACUCCAAGAUAUCUUCACAAUCCGACGUGGAGUAAACCCUGAAUAUCUACUCUUCCAGUUAUCUUGAACCCCGCCUCGGAUGGGCCCGCACGGGAUAGGAUCCGCUACGAAGCCCGCGGCCAUUAUCGGACAAACGGACUACGGAGAGAGAUUUCGCGAUUACUUUCUGUUCAUUGUGUGUCUGGAUGGAUUUUAUACCGAAGGGUCUAGAGGCAUUCUGUUGUUUUGUUUGGGGAUACAAUUGUUGUCUCGGGAUAUCGGAUAUGCUGAUAUUGGGCUUCUAUAUUUCUAUAUAUGUCUGCUGAGCUAUAUAAAAGUUUGGGGAUAUGAUAGAAUAUCUACAGUGACCAUGGCUGCUGUCGGAGUAUAUGAUGCCAGAGCAUUCAAACAAUAUAUAUCUGGCUACCUUUUAUACAAUUGAUUAUCCCAAGCAACACAACACAAGACAAUUAUUUAUAUUUAUAUAUUUAUAAUCUAAAGAUGAU